UUUUUUUAAAAAAAAGAAAAAGAAAGGAGAGACAAAAGAGGGAUACAGUAUAUUCCUAUAUAUAAUCUUGGCAGAUUCAAAUUUCCCAUUACCAAAUCCAACCGAACCAAAGCCCAAUUCCACAAAACAUCAGAAUAGAGCAACAAGAAUGAGUUUCUUAACAGGAAGAUUAGCAGCCGGUAAAGAAGGGGCAUUUUUCUUUGAAGAAUCCAAACACGCCGUUACCCGUUUAGCCCAAAAAAUCAACAAACCAACUUCUCCUUCAAAUCAAGAAUCAUCACUUUCUUCUCCUUCUCCUGAUGUUCUUCCUGAAAUUCUUAGACAUUCUUUACCUUCCAAGAUUUUUCAUUCACCUGUCUCUUCGGAUAACUCACUCUCUAAUGCUACCAAAUGGGUUCUCCCUACUGAUAUCAAUAAGACAUCUUCUGUAUCACCUGAUGCUCUUAAUCCUCUAAGAGCUUAUGUUUCUCUUCCCCAAGUUACUUUUGGACCUAAAAGGUGGCAGUUGCCAGAUACAGAAAACUCAUUACAAGCCUCAACAGCAAAUGACUUGCGGCACGAUAAAUACACACCUCUUAAUCCUGAAAAACUUAAAGCUGCAGCUAUGGGGAUGUCUCAAAUUGCAAAGGCAUUUGCUAUUGCCACUGCUCUUGUCUUUGGUGGUUCCGCCUUGACGUUUAGCUUGGCAGCAUCCAAGCUAGAGUUGCGCAAUCCUGAUGAUAUCCGGACUAAAGGGAAGGACAUCGUUCAGCCAAGAUUGGAAACAUUUAAAGAGCAGCUGAUUCCUUUAAGGAUAUGGACUCAAGAGAAGUCGAAAAAAUGGCGUCUGGAGAAGGAAGAAGACAUUAAAGAGAAGCCUUUAAUAAAGGAGCUCUCUAAAAUAUUGGGUGCCAAGUCGUCGAACUAAUACCGAUGCAGUUUAUUGCAGGUAUGGAUGAGAUACAUUCAUCAAAAGAUUUGUAAUUGUAGGUGGAACGACGAUGUAGUAGAGGGAAUAAAUUGUUGUUUAUUGUCAGAGUAAGCAAAUCGCUUGAUGAUUCUGCUCUAAAACGUUUUGCUUGCUUCUCUCCCUGUGUGAUCUUGUAUAAUAUGGCCUGUCAGCAGGUAGUAUUUCUUUGUAUCCUGCAGUCUUAGAUUUUCUGUGUAAAUGUAGUUUUUUUGUCAAGUUCAUCUUUUGUGUCGACCCCAACUGGGUUACUAUAUUUGACAGCGACCGCAAUCAUCUUCAAGGUGAAGGUGUAGCUUGGGCGUUAUGUAACCAAUAAAGACAGUUCUUUUCA